AUGAGCAUCAUAAGCUGGAACUGCCGCGGGGUAGCAGCUCCCGCGACAGUUUCUGAAUUGCACAGUAUGUGCAAACAAUUCAAGCCUGCAAUAGUAUAUCUAAUGGAGACUAGAGCUAGAGAAAGUACUAUUAAAAAGUUGAAAAGAAGGUUACAUUUUGAAAAUGUAUUUCACAUAGAACCCCGGGGACUGUCCGGAGGGCUAUGCCUUUUGUGGAAUGAAAUAUAUAAUAUUAAUAUUUACUUUUGGUGCGAUAAUCAUAUAAAAGCUCGUAUUGAUGAUAGAAAAGGGAAAAUAUGGGAGUGUAAUUUUAUAUAUGGGAAUCCAUGUUUUGGAAGGAGAAAAGAACAAUGGAGGACAAUCACAGCGAAUAACAACAACAAGGGGGAGCCACAGCUAUUCAUCGGGGAUUUCAAUGACAUUUUAAGCCAAGAAGAGAAAAUUGGGCUACAUCCAAAGCCACAGAAUCAGGUGAGAGAAUUUAGGCAGUUUGCAGAUAUGAAUUACCUUAUGGACUUAGAUAUAAAAGGAGGAAGAUUCACAUGGUUCGGAAAUCCAAGAAAUGGAUUCAUCACCAGGGAAAGGAUAGAUAGGGCAUUAGUAAAUUGGGAAUGGAGAGUAUUAUAUCAGCAGGCAUCACUCAAAGCUCUGCCAGCCAUCAGUUCUGAUCACUGCCCAUUGGUUUUGGACAUAAAUCAAGUUCAAAGGACAGAGAAAAGUUUCAAAUUCGAGGCCUUCUGGACCGAUCAUGAGGAUUGCGAGAAUACGGUAAAAAAGGGAUGGGAAAAGGAAGAUGUCCAAGGAUGCGUCUGGAAAGGAAUAACAACAAGAAUGAAAAAUUGUAAAGAGGAGCUUAAAAAGUGGAGCAAGAGGACUCUGAAACGAGCAGAUCAAGAAAUUCGCAAGCUGAAGGAGGAAUUAACGAAGCUACAAGAUUCAGAUUUAACACAAGAAAAAUAG